AAAGCCCGACAGGCGCGAGAAGAAGAUGAUCAGGCGUGUCAUCGAUACUUGCCUUGCGCAAGGGUCGAACUAUGUUCGGGCCGAGUUCGGGUGCGGUAUCCGAGCCGUGGGAGUCCCCUGUGCAAGUAAGCAUGUACUGGUCAGUCAGUAUUUCUCAAUAUUUUUGCAAGGGUCUGGCUGUUUCACCAGCACAUCUCAUUUCACGCCAAGCUAAGGGUGGGUUCCCGAUACACGUUAAUUUUGGGCUAGCUCUGUCUAUUUUGAAACAUAAUAGGCAGCUCAGGAGGGGGGAAAGAUCCACAAUCUGUCGGAGGAGAAAGAAUAGAUACUCCUGAUCAAAAAAGGAAGCGAUCGCAAAGGCGUCACCGCCACCUGGUCGCCCGCCAACUGGCACCCACCCACAUUCACCUUGUCUUUCUUCACUACGGCGACCACGACUUCGCGUCCAUGACGCUUUUCGUCCCUCUGGAUGCGUCAACGAGCGCGCCCCCCUCCCCGCCCUUCCUACAGACCACCCCGAAUCCCGCCGGGCAGCUGGGGAAAACUAUCAAAACAAUUCUGAAAGCCAAGCGCAUCGUCGUCAUCUGUGGCGCUGGGAUCUCGGUUCAGGCAGGGAUUCCCGACUUCCGGUCACCAGAGGGCCUGUUUCAGACAUUGAAGCGCGAUAAUCCGAAGGAGGCGCUGGCGUCAGGCAAGGACCUGUUUGAUGCAUCGGUUUUUAAUUCCGAAAACACGACGGCUUUGUUCUGCCAGAUGAUUGCGCGUCUCUCGGAGCUCUCCACCACCGCAGAACCCACGCCGUUCCACAAGCUGCUUCGCGCCUUGGACGACAGGGGAAGACUGCUACGCGUCUACACGCAGAACAUCGACGCUAUCGAGCAAAAGUCGGGUCUCUCAUUUGGAGUCCCUCCAUUCGAGGAGAAGCGCUCCAAGUCUCGCACACCCAAAAUCAAGGACACGCCGCCCCUUCAACCCGUCGCAUCCACCAGCCGACUAUCUACCCCCUCCGUCGAGACACCGCGGUGCAUCCCGUUACAUGGGACUCUCCAGUCCGUGCACUGCCAAAUCUGCAACCAUUCAUUCACCCUCGCCGACCAUCUCGAGUCCCUCGGUGUCGGCGUCCCUCCGGAGUGCCCCGAGUGCACUGCGAUGGAGACGACCCGACAACUCGUGGGAAAGCGGUCUCGUGGCAUCGGCCGCUUACGCCCGUCUGUCGUGCUGUACAACGAGGCGCACAAGGACGGGGAGGGUGUGGGCGAUGUCGUGCAGCGGGAUCUCAUGGGCUCGUCGAAAGGGAAGGGCCGCAGCGGAGCAGACCUGCUGAUCGUCGUUGGAACCAGUUUGCGCGUCCCUGGAACGAAGCGCAUGGUCCGCGAGUUUUCCAAGGCUGUCAAGUCCCGUGGGAGAGACGGGGGUCUUGGCGCGGCGAGGCCCAGUCCUACACCACCGGUCGAAGAAGAUCCGCCAGCGAAAGCUAUCUAUCUCAACUUCGAGUUCCCCGUUCCAAUCCGCGAGUGGGAGGGCGUGUUUGACACCUGGCUGCAAGGCGACGCGCAAUCUUUUGCGCAUAUGCUGCAGGAGGAAAUUAACAAGGAAGUCGAGGCGAAACAUGUGGCGAGCGAGAAGAAACGUCGGAAAGAGGAGCAAAUGACCGAGCUGCCUACGAAGGACCUGCUGAAAUGCUCCGAACCUGGCCAGAAACGGAGGAAGAUCACGCUCAAGCCUCCAGUAUCUGCUUCUGCCAGUGAUCCGUCCCCGACAACCAAACUCUUCCUCACCAUCCCUGCACGUCGCAUGAUCCCUCAAGUGUGCAUGAUGUCAUCUUCGUAUUCGACGCCGGACAGGACAGCGCGCCCCCAGAUGGUCUCCCCUACUGUCAUGAACGUUGACGAGCCUGUCGACGACGAUGUCCUGCCAUCUUUUGUUCGAGAAGUGCAGUAUGCCUCGGCAUGA